AUUGACGUCCCCGUGGAUCACCUGGAAUUCGGUCAGUCAUCGAAGGGGUUCGGCACUCGCUGCGCGACGCAGAAAUCGCACCGCGAUGGGCGGACGGUGAAAUGGGGUCAAAAUAUAUAUAGUUUUUUUUUUUGUAUUAAAUGGACCUUGGGCAUUCGCUUAAGGAAUAUAUUAUCUCUUAAAAGGGCUCCAACGGAUUUCUUUUUCUGGAUUUAAAAGAGACAUUUUUCAAAGCCCGAAAAGCGGCGUUUUUUUGUACCGAACCGCAUACGCUUCCGAUGCCUUGUAAUGCGAAGAGAAUGACUGCUUAAUUCCUUGUUUUUUUUUUUUUUUUUGUACGACACUACCUCCCGAUCCUGUUCGCCCCUGCCGGUAGCCCGUCCACGGAUCUUGCUAUGGUGGAUUCCAAUGCGAUGAAGAGGACUUUCGUGGUCCCGGACAUCAAGCCUUUGGAUCAGUACGAUUUGACUAGGGCGAAAAUAUGCGCCAGUUUGGGCUGGCUUCUGUCUAAAGCGUACGGCAGUGCAGAGAACGUGCCUGUGGAGCUGCGGGACCCCUUCUACAGUGACCAGUAUGAACAGGAGCACAUCAAGCCCCCCGUCACGCACCUUCUGCUAUCUUCUGAGCUGUACUGCCGGGCCUGCGGCCUGCUGCUAGGAGGCCACUCUGGGGCUCCGGCGCCCCCUAGAGACAACCCUGCCCUCCUGCAGCUCCUCUCCAAGAGGGGCGUGGCCCCAAAGGACCAGGAUGUCCCAGUGACAGAGGCCGACCUUCGACAGAAGCCUAUCAAGAUGAGUGCCCACUUGGCAGUGAUGGACGCCCUGAUGGCCGUGGGCGCCACGGAGACCCUGAAGGCGGCGAAGAUGCCAAGCAAGGUCGAGCAGCCGGGAGGCAAGCCUGAAUGGGAAAAAGCCCUUCUCUACUGGGUCAACCGGUUGAACCAGAGACUCAGAGAGAGUGAAGAACUGACCAAGAGACCUCAUCCCAGCCCAGACUUACAGCCUGUACAGCCUGCUUGCUCGACCCGCUGGUACUGGAAGCUUGUUCCUAGGGCCUUCACGGUUUGCGUGAGGGAGCCGAAGGACACGAAGGCAGCGAAUCGUUACAGGAAGGAUAAGAUGGCACCCAGACACCCCCCUAGUUUCCCAGUAGUGGCCGGUGUGAAGGACCUCGCUAAUGGCUGUGCACUUGCAUCACUCAUCCAUUACUACUGCCCCAGACUGCUGCAUCUAGAAGAUCUGUGUUUGAAGGACGCAAUGUCCGUGGCAGAUAGCCUUUACAACCUGCAGCUGAUUCGGGAUUUUUGCGAUGGCUGCUUGCAUAGCUGCUGCCCCCUAUCUCUGGAGGACCUACUCUACACCCCACCGCCACUCCAGGCCAAUAUCUUGAGCUUUGUGGCAGAGCUGCUGAACUGGUUUGAAGUGCGCCGGCCCGAGUUUGUCCAACCGCUAGAACCUCUGGACCUGGAAGAUACCUCUGGGCUGAAUGACUGCAUUACCCAGAACAGCGGCAGCAACAGUGCCUCUCCCUCCCCGUUCAAAGCGCCCUUUCUGCCCGUCUCCUCACCCAUGACCCCAGAAGGAUUCGGGAAAACAUGGACUAAGAAGCCAUUUAGUCGUCCCCUCUCCUCUGCCGUCUCCUUCAGCAUCCCGUUCGGCCUGGACAGUGACGUGGAGGUGGUGAUGGGCAAUCCCGUCGCCUCUAUCACCCGUUCCGCGAGCUCCGACUGCCUGAAUCCCACCAGCCGGCCCGCCUACACGCCACCGGAGGACCUCAGCCAGCUCCUGGACCAUGAACCGGGGCCCGCUGGGCCCCAGGCAUCACACCGGGCCUCAUGGAGCACACAUGCACGCCCCACCCGGGCUUUGGAGAACGGACUGGGCGAGGGGGUGGACCUGCCCACCAUUGAGGAGGCGCUGCAGAUCAUCCACAAUGAGAGCAAGCUGGAGCCUCGACUGCACCCCGACGGAGCCCCCGACGGCUUCUACUUGCACUCCCCCGAUGGCAGCCCAGCCCCCCUCAGCUCCUCGGCCCCAGCCCAUCCGGGUAUCCUGUGUCGUGCUGGGGAAGAUCGGGAGUUGGGCCGGAGGCGGAGCCGGCGAACCUCGGAGGGCUCUCGGGACGACGACUCGGUCCUGCGGGAUGGCAGUGUGGACUCUGAUGCUUCUGAGGAUCUCCCCAAGACCCAGGGGGUCACGCCAGUGGAUGCUGUGACUCCGCUGGGCCGUCCAUCGGAACCCCAUGGCGACGAUGGCCCCGACAGUGGCGUGCGGAUGACCACCUUCGCAGAGCGUAAGAAGAAGCUGGUGCCGGACACGCCCACCGGCGAGGCUCCGCCCACUCCCAUGACCACCUGGGCCCAGAAGUCGGAGGAAAGUCCUGGCAAGAGCCCCGCCCUCAACACGGAGAUGUCGGAGCUGGGGGCGCGACUGGAGGAGCGGCGCCGGGCCAUCGAGGCCCAGAAGAAGCGCAUUGAGGCCAUCUUUGCCAAGCACCGGCAGAGACUGGGGAAGAGCGCCUUCCUACAGCUGAAACGGGAACAGCAGCCAGACGAGGAUCCGGCGGCCGAGGGCCCGGACGAGCCGGACGGAGCAGUUUCGCAGGCGGGAGAGGAGCCGGCACAAGACCAGAAGAGUCCUGUGCCAGUAGAAGCCCCGCCCACUCUGGAGAAGCAGGUGACCUUCUCAAUGGGGCCGGCGCCGCUGGGCGAGUACAACAGCGCGGUGUCCAAACUGAGCGCCGCACUGAGCUCACUGCAGACUGACAUGCAGCGGCUGUCCGAGCAGCAGAACCAGCUGCUCCGCAAAAAAGGGGCCCGUACUGCCCCCGGCACACAGGCCUGGGUCAUCCCGGCCGACAGCAAGCCCGCUGGCGCGGGGCCGCGAUUCGCCAGGGAGCCGGCUCGUGAUCACCCGGUGGCCGCCUCCUCCGCAUCCCCCUCCCCUUCCCGCAAGGCCACACCCUCCAAGUCCCCACAGGCCUCCCACCGCAGGGCCCAGUCGGCACCCCCCAAAAGCCCCAAGCAGCAGCACCAUUCCCGGCCCGUGGAGCUGAAAUUCCCCCCCCUGACGCGCGUCCUGACCCCCCCCCAGAACGUGGACACGCUACCCCACCUGCGCAGGGUGUCCCCCCGCCAGUGCAAGGUGCAGACCACGUCCUCUUUCAGCCUGGGUGGGGACUGCCCCCUGGAGCCCCCUGGGCGGCUACUCGAUGACAGCGUAUCGGAGACGGGCUCCAGUGAGGAGCCCACAGCAGUCCUCUUGGACCUGGACGGGCUGGCCAGGCGAGAGCCGGGGAUCAGCGGCGGCUCCGGGGCCCCGUCCGAGUGCUCCUUUGAGAGUGACGGGUCGGCGCCAUUUGGGGGCAAACGCAGCAGCCUGAUCGAGAUCCCACUGUCCUCUCUGCGGGGCGAGGAACCCGACGACGCCACCGACGGCUUCUCCGACUCCAUGAGUGACCAAACGGAGCCCGAGCAGAGGGCUGGCGUUGGUUUCUUCUUCAAGGAGGACGAGACGCGGCCAGAGGAUGAGAUGGCGCAGAGGAGAGCCGCCCUGCUGGAGAGGCAGCAGAAGCGCGCGGAGGAGAUGAAGAGGAGGAAACAGGAACAGGAGAAGGAGAGGGAGGCCAGACUGGCUGCCUUGGAUGGCUCCCGCACCCCGGGCGCAGAAGACCGACCCCCGUCGGCCAUCACCCCCCCGCCAACCCGCACCCCGCCCCCCGAGGGUACCCCCCAGCGCAGAGGUGACUUCACACGGCAGGAGUACCAGCGGCGGCAGCAGCUGAAGAUCAUGGAGGACCUGGACAAGGUGCUGCGGCAGAAGCCCACCACCGUACGCGCCGUCAAGAAGCAGCGGCCCAAGACCGUGUUUCGGGACGACUCGGUCCUGUCCCGCAGCCCCGCCAAGGGCUCAAUCGGCUCUAAGCUCAACAAGGUGUACUCCCACUCCACUCUCAGCCUGUCCACCAUGGCCAACGACACAGGAAACAGUGGGACUCUGACCGUCAGGAAAUCUCCCAGCCGAUCUCAUUCGCCUGCAAGGCUGAUGUCACCAAGCCGACUGGCCAGUCAGAAUGGUGACAAGGACUGGGAUGUCGCUUCCACGGUGUCUUCGCCAGCCUCCGUCCCAGAAUACACUGGACCCAAGCUCUACAAAGAGCCCAGCUUCAAGUCCAACAAGUUCAUCAUCCACAACGCCAUCUCCCGGUGCUGUCUGGCCGGCAAGGUCAACGAGGCGCAGAAAAAGAAGAUCGUAGAGGAGAUGGAGAAGUGCACGGCCAACCACUUCCUGAUCCUGUUCCGGGAUUCCAGCUGCCAGUUCCGUGCCGUCUACACCAUGAACCCCGAGACGGAGGAGCUGGUCCGGCUGGCUGGCACUGGGCCCCGCGUGCUUUGCUCCUCCAUGGUGGAGUCCAUCUACAAAUACAGCUCGGACCGCAAGCAGUUCACUGCCAUCCCAUCCAAGACCAUGUCCAUGAGCGUGGAUGCUUUCACUAUCCCGGCCCACCUGUGGCAGAGCAAGCGGCCCGGCACCCCUAAGAAGCCCAGCACCCCCAAGUAAUGACGUUGUGCCCCCCCACGCAUCCAUGCACUGCGAUACCCAUUCAAGCACUUGGAUUUGAUGAUUCUUCCCCCCUUGAAUGUAUGGCAACUAAUCAGGUCCGCUCUUCCUGUUCCUGUUUUUUGAAGUGACCAAUCAGGACUGGGGGGAGGGGAACAUAGUCUUAAUACUGAAGAUUUUUUUUUUUCCCCUUCGGGUAAUGUUUGUAAUAAGCAAAUUAAUGAGCUGUAUAUGGUAGGGCUAAUGCUGCCUCUGAUUCAGUGGCCAUAGGGCACCAACCGAGGGUGGAUCAACCCUACAUACUGGCAGUUUUUAUACUACAUUUGAACUUGCAAUCUUUAAUAUUCAGAUAACGGAUAAAAGACCCCGUUUGUCUUUCUUUUAUCUCCCCCCCCAUCAUUCCUUUGUAUGAUGACUGGAAAGUUUAAGAGGAAGUUUAACAUGUACCGGGUAACUCAACUGGAAAAUGAAGGACUUCCAUGCAAAUAAGCUCAUUAACUAGGUGAAGAUGAAAAGACGUAAAAAAAACGAGUAUGGAGGAAUAUAUGUAUAUAAGGUUAUGUAGUGGUUAAUGUUUCACUCCCCAGACCCCCCCGUUUGGGACGGUAAUUUCUAUAGAUGCAGCAGGAUUCUGGAAGGUGUGGUUGAGCCAACUACGGGGUUAGUGUGAAUGGACACGUGUGUGUGUGUGUGACAUGUGGAAUUGUGUGUUGCUGUAGCAUUUACUCUCCUAUAGCGAUGCUGCAGCAUGUUGGCUAACUGCCCCCCCCCCACCUUCAAGGGCUUCUUAGCAGAAAUGUGUGAGGUGCAUCCCUGGAUUAACUGGAUUCCUUCCUGGCUGCCCCCCUCCCCCAUUCUGGUGUGUCCCUGUCACCAGUGUGAUGACCCCCAGUCAGUACAUCUGGGUCACCAUGAGAGAGAUACCUUCUCUCUCCUAGUCUCAAAGGCCCAGGGCGUUAUUGUGGAAAAUGUGAUGGAUGAAAGUGUCCAGAAGCUGUACUGGUUACAGGGUCUCAACCCGCUCCUUAAUCCUGCCUUGCACCGUGGGCACUGCCAAAUACCGGCCUCCCCUGCGGACCCCCCCCUCCUGCCCACCCGUCCCCCCCGGGGGUGUCCGCUGUCCAGUCCUACCCUGCCUACUGUCCACUGCCCCUCUUGUUCAACCUUGGCCUAAGGAUCGAGUUUGCUGUUUGGAUGUUGGCUCUCGUGCGUGCGUGAGUAUGUAUGUGCGUGUGUGUAUUUGGGUGGGCGGGGCUUGUCGAACGGACUGGAUUCUGUGCAAUUCUCCCAUGAAAUUAUCUCACCUGGAAAUGUAUUUAUUGGUGAAAAAGUAGAUACGACUUGUUGUUUUCUGUUUAACACUUUAUUUAUGUCGGUCAUGGUACUGGUUUCAUGUUGGACAUAUGACUGGUAUUCCCCCCUCCCAUUUUUUCUUUUUUUUUCCUCUUUUUUUUUUCGUUUGCUUUGUCAAAAUGCAUGAAUGCUGACAGGGAAAACCCCCCCUGCAUUGUGUUCGCUCCGAAUCGAAUAAAAAUUCAUCCGGCCUA